AUGGAUUCCGAGAACAAGACUGUCGAUAUGCAUACGACCACCGAGGAGGCCGCGGCCCGGGCCAUCGACGUCGAGCACUCCAUGGGUCUGAAAGAUUCGCUGCGCAUCUACCGACGGGCCUGCCUCUGGUCCAUCCUCGUGUCGACGUGCAUCAUCAUGGAGGGCUUCGACCAGACCAUGCUCAACAACCUGUACGCCUACCCCCCCUUCAAGGCCAAGUACGGCGUGCGGCGCGAGUCGGCCUCGGGCGCGGUCGGCUACGAGCUCACGGCUCAGUGGCAGUCUGGCCUGUCCAACGGCGCCCAGGCCGGCCAGAUCCUCGGCCUGUUCCUCAACGGCUUCGUGGCCGACCGCUACGGGUACAGGGUGACGCUGGUGGGCGCGCUCGCGGCCUGCGUCGCCUUCACCUUCAUCAUCUUCUUCAGCGAGACGCUGCCGGUGCUCCUGGUCGGGGAGGUGCUCGUCGGGGUCCCGUGGGGCUUCUUCCAGACCCUGGCGCCGACCUACGCCGCCGACGUGUGCCCGACCCACCUCCGGGCCCAGCUGACGACGUACGUCAACCUCUGCUGGGUCAUCGGCCAGCUCGCGGCGUCGGGCGUGAUGCGGGCCAUGCUGAGCCGCGACGACGACUGGGGCUACAGGAUCCCCUUCGCCCUGCAGUGGGCGUGGCCGGUGCCGCUGGCCGUCGGCAUCUGGAUGGCGCCCGAGUCGCCGUGGUGGCUGAUCCGGAGGGGCCGCCUGGACGAGGCCCGGCGGUCGCUGGCCCGGCUGGCCGACCGGGCGUCCGACCGCGACCUGGACCGGGCCAUGUCGGCCAUGGUGCACACCGACGAGCUGGAGCGGGGCCAGCUGGCGGGCACCACCUACCUCGACCUCUUCCGGGGCGUCAACCUGCGGCGGACCGAGAUCGUCUGCGCCGCCUGGAUGGCCCAGCACUGGGUCGGCUGCUCGCUCAUGGGCUACUCGACCUACUUCUACCAGAACGCCGGCAUGGACGUGGCCGACUCCUUCACCCUGUCGCUGGGCCAGUACGCGCUCGGCGCCGUCGGGACCGUCUCGUCGUGGUUCCUGAUGGUCAGGCUGGGCCGCAGGACGCUCUACCUGGCCGGUCAGCUGUCCAUGCUGGUCCUCCUGCUGGUCAUCGGCUCCUGCGGCGCCUACUCGUACUCGUCGUCGUCGUCGGGCGGCGCGGCCCGCCAGGACGGAGCGGUCCAGUGGGCCGUCGGCUCCCUCCUGCUGCUCUACACCUUCGCCUACGACUGCACCGUCGGUCCGGUCUGCUACUCGCUCGUGUCGGAGCUGACGUCGACGCGGAUGCGCACAAAGUCCAUCGUCCUGGCCCGCAACUGCUACAACGUCAUGGCCAUCCUCGCCAACGUCAUCACCCCCAACAUGCUCAACCCGUCCGCCUGGGACUGGGGCGCCAGAUCGGCCUACUUCUUCGCCGGAACCUGCCUCGUCUGCCUCGUCUGGACCUUCUUCCGCCUCCCCGAGCCCAAGGGCCGCACCUACGCCGAGCUCGACAUCCUGUUCGAGCGCAAGGUCAGCGCCCGCAAAUUCUCCUCCACCCGCAUCGCCCGUCCGGUCAGCCGUCGUGACGUGACCGGCAGCCCUGCUGCGGCCGCCGUCGACGGUUCUCGCCGGCAUGGUGAGAAGACCGCUCAGGCCGUGGAGGUGGAACAUACAUAA